GGCUGGGGAGCGAGUCGGUCGCGGACGGUCGGUGUCGGAGGAGGGAGCGGUGACAGAGUGGAUUGGUGUGACUGGGUGAACAGAGACUGAGCUCGGGGUGGGAGCGACAGGGCGUGGUGACUGGAAAGGAAGAGUGAGGGGUGUUGGUGGGUCGUGGGCCUGCACGGCACGGAGUGGUCGGUGGCCGGUUAGGGCGUGCACCACUGAAUAAUGACUGGAGAGGUGUGAUCACUCAGCAUACAGCCUGGAUCAAUGCUAAGGGCGCGGCACGGGUCAGGUCGUGACCUAAGGUGACCUCUGCGCCGCAGGUCACGCCCUGAAGAGACCCGAUGCAGGCCGGCGAAGGAGUGCUCUCGCCAAAGGCGGGCCGCCGGCUGCCGGGGAAGGCGCAUGAGAAGCCGCCGGACGGCCGCCACGAGGAGGCACAGGCGUCCCUACUGGAGCGGGUGCGGCCCGACAAGGUGACCCUGACCCGACCCGAGGAGGACCGGCGCCGACGCACUAUUCUCAUCGAGAAGGCGCACGGCUCGUUCGGCUUUACAAUACAGAGCUACGGAAUCCAGUACCGGCGCGAUUCGGAGGUAGAAAUCAUCACGUACAUCGACCAUGUGGAGGCCACCGGUCCGGCGGCCAAGGCCGGAAUGAGGGAAGGCGACGUGAUUCUGUCGAUAAACGGCCAGGACAUGGAGCAGUACGACCACCAGGAGCUGGUAGCGUUCAUCAAACAGUGUCCCGACCGGCUCCGAAUGGUGGUGCUGUUCGAGGACUGCGUCAGAAAGGUCAGCCUGCACAUGCGGUACAUCCAGCUGCAGCGACAGCUCACCGAUCGGAUGUACGCCCUGGAGCAGCUCUGCGAGCAGGAGAAACACUUCAUAGCCAAUCUGCGCUCGCAGGGCCGGCGGAUCCCGGCGUUCUACCCUGCCCAGGCAGGGUACAGCGGCCGCCACCCUUUGCCGCAGCCCCCGCACGGCCCGCCCCCAGCUACGCCGAGGCGAUCGGACGGCGUCCACAGCCCCAGCCUCGCUACCUGUGCUACCACCGCGCGGCGCCGGGCCGGCCGGCCGAGCUGCGCUGGACCGACCCGCGCCGGCCCGAGCUGCGACACCACUACGAGCAGUGGCGCGGCCGCGGCAAAUCCUGGGACAACCUGGCCGCCGAGGCGUCGCCCGGACGCGGUGGUAGCGGCGCCGGCGGCGGCUGCGAGCGCCGCUGGCGACCCGACGACCGUCAGUUCCUGCUCGAUGGCGGCUUCCCGGCGCUGCACCGAGCGCGGGCCAAGGCGGCUAAAUCGGCAGAGAGUCUGCUGGCGCCGGGAUCAGAGUUUGACACGAGCUGCUUCAGCUGUGACUGUCUGCGCACCUUCCCCGGCGACCCGGCCCGGCGGGCGUUCAGUAAACCCAAAUCCGUGGAGAAUCUGCUGCUGGCUGCGCGCGGCGGUUCGGAUUCUCUACGCAGGGAGAAGGGCAAGGAGAAGCGCCGCUCGAGUCUGAAACUGGGCAGGAAGGGCUCGAGGUCGGCGCUUGUAUCGUCAGAGGACACAAGUGAGAGAUCUGAGCGACCCUGACGGCGAGAGUCGGACGCCGGGGAGGCUGGAGGCUGCUGAGGGACGGGUAGGGGAGACUGAUUAGGUCGGUGGGGUGGCUGAAAUCUCGGAUGCAAUGAAGGAAAGGAGCGACAGACAGAAGAGUCUUUCUGUGGGUGACUGCGGGUUCGAAACUCCUGGGAUUGUUGGUAACAGUUGAACUUUGAAUGCAUGUCACGUUGGUGACCUUUUGGAGAGGACGGAAAGGCUGGCGAAAUCGCAUGUCUCCAAGAACGGAAACGGAUGACGUGCUGGAUUUCAGGGCGGUAGUCCAUGCUUCCAAACGGCGUACAUAAUGCCAUGCGUCUUCGAUGAAGUCAUUGUGCCCUCAACGAGCAGCUAGCUGGGCGAAAUGGCCAUAUUGGCCGAGUUUUACCGACCAAUGUCCUCGAUGUCCCCAACCCCUCGAUGCAGAUUUUGCCCAUGUGGUGUCGCCAACGGUACGGUUUGUAGCAGUGGGUACAAGUGUACCUACUUGAUAUACAAUUCAGUCCGCGUCGUCGACCGCUGCUGCCGUCGCGGCAUGCCAAAGUUACUGCUCCGAACCUUUAAAUCUCAAUGUCGUUUCCAUAUCUACGGCGUCGUGCGUUUUACGGAGUGUGUGACUUGGUUUUAUUGUCUUAUUUCAGCGAGUAAGUGAUGAGUCUGUUGGCAUAGGCGACAUACACCUGCCAUAAAGGGGUCACGUGUUCCACGAAAUGUAUGCGACGAGAUGCAAGUGAGAGCUAGUCAGGUCAUGUAUUAGAGCUAUCUGAACGGCUGGGAGGGUGCGAUGUGUGUACUGCCGACCUCUAUAGGGCCGCAACGGUGAGCCAAUCGAACAAACCCUGUGGUCGCGCGUUGUCAGUCGCUGGACAGCGCUGAUUGCCGUCAGCGGGGCCUGCUGAGUGCUGAUGACUGCUGAUGCUGAGAUGCUGAUCCAUUGGGAGAGAUGGGAAUGUAUUGUACCCGCCAUGGUAAGAAAAUGAAAAUGGAUUGGAGCGAGGGUGGGUCCGUAUCAAAGCGGGUUUUCCUCCGUGAAACCGUUUCCAGUGUCAAACCAGCCCAGCUCCUACUGUCGGGAUGAAGAUCUGGUCCGAAUGUGUCUCCCCGCCGCCCCCCCCCCCCGUUUAUGUGCGUGGGUGCGACGUUGGGACGGUUGGUGUCUGUACAGGAAUGUUCCCGAGGAGCUUUAUAUAACCUAAGUUAUUUAUUGUAUCGUGUAGUGCUGAUGAUGCUAAACAAUAAACCAUCAUUGAUAUCGGAA